AUGGCCGACAUCAAGACGGGCAUCUUCGCCAAGAACGUCCAGAAGCGACUCAACCGCGCGCAGGAAAAGGUCCUUCAGAAGCUUGGGAAAGCUGAUGAGACAAAAGAUGAACAGUUUGAAGAAUAUGUGCAGAACUUCAAACGGCAAGAGGCAAAGGGUACCAGACUUCAGCGAGAACUCCGAGGAUAUUUAGCAGCUAUCAAAGGCAUGCAAGAGGCUUCCAUGAAGCUCACUGAGUCGCUGCAUGAAGUCUAUGAGCCCGACUGGUACGGGCGUGAAGACGUGAAAAUGGUUGGCGAGAAAUGUGAUGUGCUGUGGGAAGACUUCCAUCAAAAACUAGUGGAUGGGUCCUUGCUGACACUGGACACCUAUCUGGGCCAAUUUCCUGACAUAAAGAACCGCAUUGCAAAGCGCAGCAGGAAGCUGGUAGACUAUGACAGUGCCCGCCACCAUCUGGAAGCUUUGCAGAGCUCCAAGAGGAAGGACGAGAGUCGCAUCUCUAAGGCAGAAGAGGAAUUUCAGAAAGCACAGAAAGUGUUUGAAGAGUUUAACGUUGACUUACAAGAAGAGUUACCAUCGUUAUGGUCAAGACGGGUUGGAUUUUAUGUCAAUACUUUCAAAAAUGUCUCUAGCCUAGAGGCCAAGUUUCAUAAGGAAAUUGCGGUGCUUUGCCACAAACUAUAUGAAGUGAUGACGAAAUUGGGUGACCAGCACGCUGACAAGGCCUUCACCAUUCAAGGAGCUCCCAGCGACUCGGGUCCUCUCCGUAUUGCAAAGACGCCAUCGCCGCCCGAGGAGCCUUCACCCAUCCCGAGCCCGACAGCUAGUCCCAAUCACACGCUGGCACCCGCAUCUCCUGCACCAGCCCGGCCUCGGUCACCCUCGCAGACAAGGAAAGGGCCUCCCGUCCCACCUCUCCCUAAAGUCACCCCAACAAAGGAGCUGCAGCAGGAGAACAUCAUCAGUUUCUUCGAGGACAACUUUGUUCCGGAAAUCAGUGUGACGACACCUUCUCAGAAUGAAGUCCCUGAGGUGAAGAAAGAGGAGACCUUGUUGGAUCUGGACUUUGAUCCUUUCAAGCCCGACAUGCCCUCUGUGGGUUCUGCUGGAGUAACCCACUCACCCAUGUCGCAGACAUUGCCCUGGGACCUAUGGACGACAAGCACUGAUUUGGUACAACCGCCUUCUGGAGGUUCAUUUAAUGGAUUCACCCAGCCACAGGACACUACAUUAUUCACAAUGCAGACAGACCAGAAUAUGAUCUGUAACUUGGCUGAACCUGAACAGGCUCCGCCCACAGAGCCGAAAGCAGAGGAGCCCCCCGCUGCCGCUGCCGUACCACCUGCUGCUGGGCUGGACCUUGGACUUGACACCCAGGCUGAGGAGCCAGUGGAGGGGGCAGCGUUCAUCCCUGGAACGGAUGCUGAUGUGACAGCUGAGCCCUUGGUGCCGGCAGCCGAGGGGGCCCCCGUGGGGGAAGCAGAGACAGAGAAGGUGACUCUUCCUGCUGGAGAAGGAGCGAGUUCAGAGGAGGCCAAGAUUGACACCGAAGCCACAGAGGCUGUAGAUGGUGACAGACCUCAACCGGUAGAGACAGAAGCAGCAGCAACUCAGGAGAAGGUCAUCCCUUCGGUGGUCAUAGAGCCCGCCUCCAACAAUGAAGGGGAGGGAGAACACGAAGAGACCAUGGGUGCAGAGUCCAAGGAGGCAACUGCCGACGCGGCUCUUCCGGGCUCCACCGGCGAGACGCCAGCGCUGGCCUCGGAGGAACAGAAGGCGGGCAAGGCCUCCCAGCCUGCCGCCCCCUCCGCAAGCGAGGCCUUCCAGGAAGGGCCUCCCGGCUUCCUCUACAAGGUGGAAACACUGCAUGAUUUCGAGGCAGCAAAUUCUGAUGAGCUUACCUUACAAAGGGGUGACGUGGUGUUGGUGGUGCCCUCAGAUUCGGAAGCUGACCAGGAUGCAGGCUGGCUGGUAGGCGUGAAGGAAUCAGACUGGCUUCAGUACAGAGACCUCGCCACGUACAAAGGCCUCUUUCCAGAGAACUUCACCCGGCGCCUGGAUUAGGGCCAGAAGUAUUGUAGAAAGAGCCUGAUUACUGGGUUUUUAAACCUUUGUGAAAACCUGAAGAGUUCACUUUUGCUAUGACACUCUUAGUGAUUUACAGACCAAUGCCAGACAAAGUUCGGAAGCCUAUGUCAAUGAAGCAUGUGUGCAAACAAAUGUUUAGAGGAAAAAAAACAAGUAAAUUAAGGAAAAAGUCUUCACUGGUUCCCACGUUCUUGCUAACAGGUUUGUUUGUGCUUUGUCCAAGCUGUGGAGACUUGUAUACUCGACCCCCUCCCACCAGUUCUAAAGUAGCUUUCUCCAGACCAGAACCUUAAUUUCUCUGCACCAAGUGUAUGGUAUUGAGUGGCUUCCCUGCAGAAGACGUGAUGAAUUGUCCUGUAAUACGAGAUUAUCUUAUUCCCCUGUGCAGGUGUGAGCACGUGCUCUCUCUCUCUCCCUUUCACAUUUACUGUGUUUAAAACGAAACUGCUGCAAAAGUUGUCACUGUUCUUUACCAGCACCUCUCUCUCUAAAUAUAUAUGGACACACAGUCACACGAGCUAGUUCUCAUCACUCCUGGAUCUAUGUGUAUGCACAAGGCUACAUAUACAUAGUUG